CUGUGUGUGUGACGUUUCUUCCGUUUCCCUAGGCAACAAAGAAACAGUAGAAAGUUGUCACAGAAGCCUUCUCACGGAGAAAAUGGGUGAUGUUGAGGAAACACUGAAGAGGAUCGAAGCACAUAAAGGUGUGAUUGGAACAAUAGUUGUGAAUUCAGAAGGUAUUCCCAUCAGAACAACUUUAGAUAACUCCACAACUGUUUUAUGUGCUGGACGUCUUCGUCACCUUACAUCACUGGCCAGGAGCAUGGUCAGAGAUAUUGACCCUCAAAAUGAUCUCACCUUCCUUCGGGUCCGUUCCAAGAAGCAUGAGAUCAUGGUUGCACCAGCGAACAACUUCCUGCUGAUAGUCAUCCAGAACCCAUGUGAAUAACUGCAGGGCAUUUCCGUAAAGUCUUUCUCACAUGGUGUUGGUUAUCAAGUAAAAAUAAUUUUUACACUGUCAUGUUGACCCAAGUGCUGCAUUAACAUUUUGCAUUCAAGAGUGCUGCCAUUACAUGUCGUAUGUUUUAUGUUGCGUGACAUAUUUCUUUCAUUUUUUACCCAUUAGAUGCUUGUCGUCAAUGUACAGAUUAAUUACAUAUUAUUUGGAAAACAUAAAUAAAGAAGUGAAGCCUUCUACACAGGUGUGUUGCAUCAAAAUUAAGUAACCAAAUAUCAUUUAUUAAGAAAGCAGAGUUAUCCAUGGUUAAAUCUGACUUCAUGUCAAAAGUAAGAGCUCUAAAAAACUUUAAAAUAUGAAUCAUUAUUGUGUCAUCAAUAAAAGGACUUUUAUCGCAAAGUUUGGACAACUCACCAACGUUGUGUAAAGUUUUAUUAUUUGAAGGUGCUUGUAAAUUGUCAGAAAUAAAAACAAAAUUUUAAAAGCUA